UCAACUUGAGCGUUCAAUUUCGAUAGUUGAACAAUGAAGUACCUUGUGGCCCUCCUUCUAGCUCUUCCAAUUGUCAUAAGCAUCGCUCUCUUUUCAUCUCCUUCACAUGCCAUCUCCUCAUGCAAUGGCCCUUGUCAUACCCUAGAUGAUUGCACCGGACAAUUAAUAUGUGUCAACGGAAGGUGCCACGAUGACCCCGACGUAGGCACGCAUACAUGUCCCAGUACUCCAUCACCGUCUGGUGGAGGAUGUCAACCGUCGGGUACUAUGAACUGCCAUGGCAAGUCCUUCCCUAGAUACCGUUGCUCGCCCCCAGCAACGUCUUCUACUCGAGCGACCUUGACGAACAAUGAUUUUAGCGAAGGCGGCGAUGGUGGGGGCCCAUCGGAGUGUGACGAUGGCUACCACAAAAACUCAGAAUUGAUCGUUGCACUAUCGACCGGGUGGUAUGCUGGUGGGUCUCGGUGUGGGAGUAGGAUCAGAAUUACAUCCACAAAGACUGGGAGGAGUGCGAUAGCCAAGGUGGUUGACGAGUGUGACUCUAUGAAUGGGUGUGAUGGUGAACACGCCUAUCAGCCACCGUGUAAGAACAACAUCGUCGACGGUUCAAAUGCGGUGUGGCAUGCUUUGGGUCUGGACAUAGAAGUAGGUGAAGAGGAUGUUACAUGGUCCAUGGCAUAGGAAUUCAUGUGUUUUCCCUCCCCAGAGAUGAUCAAAUUAAGGGUAAAUAAGAUCUCGGGGUUAAUGGAUGUUGACUGUGUGCUAUAUGUAGCUCAUAUAUGCAAAAUAACUUGCCAGGGCGACAAGACUUUAAGGAAAUGCUUGGAAGAGAAGAUAAUAUGCAGUCCGUUGAGACAAUAAUAAUAUUAAUAAGACAUAGUGGUAUUACUGUGCUUGUACUUUUAA